AUUUCGCGAUCUGGGUUAACUCCGGCGCUAAGCCGUUAGAGAGUUAGCUCCUGAUCCGGUACCCACUUUAAAUCAGCCUCAAUACGAGGAGCAACGUACACGGUAACCUCUCAUGAAAAGUACAGCGAUUGAUAGGUAGGGAUUCACUAUCUUCUUGAGUUGGUCUCUCGGGUAGACCGAUCUCCUCAAUAUGGUUGGAGUACCCCGGAGCACCGGCUGCCCGCUCUGCGUCAAACGGAGGGUUAAAUGCGAUGAAACCCGGCCGGGAUGCCGCAACUGUGCCAAGUACGGCGCCGAGUGUUUAGGUUAUGACAAGGCAUUCAAAUUCGUGGCCGGCAAACACCAGGUCCGUCACCGCCGCCAACCAGCCAAUUCAUGCACAUCUUCGGACGGUGGAUUACUGCAGGCCCCAAGUUCGGGCGACACUACCCCCGAGCUUAGUUCCCCACCAACCUCAACUUCGAUUGCCCAACGAGAAACUAUAACACCCUUGACAAUCUCGCCGUGUGAGAGCCGCAGCCAGUUCGUCUAUGCCCUGCUCCAGAACAUCGAUCCCAACAGUGAUAUGGGUUCGUUUGCCCCAUGGUUUAUAGGUGCCUCUGAACGCCUGGGCAACAAUUUGACCCUAGACAGUGCCAUGUCGGCAUUCGUCAUACACCUGCUCGGAAAAGCCAAUCAGGAUGACGUCUUGGUUCGACGGAGCCGUUCCAUUUAUGGCCAGUCUCUUGGUUCGCUGCAGAAGUCACUAAACCAUCCGGUUGGAUGGAAGUCCCCCGAGACCCUUUGCGCCACCAUGAUGAUGUGCUAUUUCGAAUUGUUCGCUGGAACCACAGACCCCGAUUCCUGGAUGAAACACGCCGCUGGGGUCUCUUGGCUUAUCCAGCAACGCGGGCCCGCGGCUUAUAGCAGCCCCUGGGACCAUAGUAUGCUACUAUCAUUUCGCGCCCUCAUUAUAAUGAAUGCCAUGUUUUCUGGCCAAGACUGCUUUCUUGCGGGGAGAAAAUGGCAACAAAUAUUGGUUACUACUCGGCCAGAUGAUCCAGGGGACACCCUCCAAAGCAAGACCGACACAAUCUAUGACAUAUACCUUGCCCAUAUGGCGAAGGUACCAAGCAUCCUGCGCCAUGCAGUUCCACUUAGGGAAGCAAGGAAGCACAACAUGCCCGUCGACGCUGCCCAUGUCGCUUUACUCUCGCAGCAUGCCGAAAAGUUGCGACUCGACUUUGCAUCCUGGUUUGAAAGCUUUGAAGCGCUUAACUUUAGGCCAACCGAAGCUCCUUCUCGAGACCCUGGGUCUAUCUUCGAAACUGUGCUCUCCUACAGCAACGUCUGGGCCGGUGCCACGUACAUGGGCUACUGGGCGUCAAUGCUCAUCUUGCAAGAAACCCUAAAUCAGUGCCAAUAUCCAGUUGACUAUACUAUGUCUAACAUGGAGUUUGCGCGAAACAUCUUCCGAUCUGUGGAAUCCGUUUCCGUUGACAUUCUGGGCCCGUAUCGCGUAGGAUACCCGAUCCGGAUCGCAUAUGAAUUUGCCGAUGUCCGGACCCAGAUCUGGGUCACCUCACUGCUGGCAAAGUUCGAAAAACACUACGCCGCUACAAGCUCUACCACAUAUCCCAAACCUGGGCCGAACGAGUACCAAUUCGAAUGAACGGCGAUGAAUGCCCAAGCUGCGCCAUGUUUAACCAAGGCAAGUCAAAAACAUUAUUAAAGCUAUCAAGAAGAGCAUCCGCGCCAUAUUCCCUCCCGUAGCCUUGGUGGUGUUCGGGGCUCGUGCCAUUGGAGCAGAAUGGGUCUGGCGAGUCGUAGUACGACUGUAUUCUGCUCUGAAGGCUGGACAUUUGAAACCGGUGGGCGGGCCG